AUGAGUAAAUUAAAGAAUCUUAAUCGUCAAUUCAUAUCUAAUCUUAAGACUAAUGAAAUUGUGACGAAUGCCAAACGAAAUCUAAUCCUUUCUAUUUUAAAAUCAACUACAACAAAAAGAGAAGCGAGAAAUUAUCUCAAUAAAUAUCAGAACCAGUUUGAUUUUAGCGAUAUAACAUUCGAUAAUGGAACACCGCUGAAUUCAUUGGAAACAAGAGAUAGUCAGCGUGAACUUUUCAUUAACAGAUUUUUAAAUAAACAGAACCCAUUUAUUAACAUAUAUGACGAUGAGACGAAAUUACAAAAAAUUCCACUAAGGUUAGCAUUAUUCAAAGUUAAAUUCCAGUCAAUUCUGUCGGAUAAUUGGAAGGGCAUGGCUGAGACAUUCAAACGAUUAAUUCAUUUGGGAAUAUCGCCGAUAAUAAUACUCGAUUAUGAUCAUUUACCUGCGAACACUUUUAGAAACAAUGAAUUAUACAUGUUAAGUCAAACUAAUAGAAUUAUGAAUAUACUUGGAAAGCCGACAGAAGAGAAUGAUUUAAAGACACUUGUAAUGCGGUCGCUUUUCACUAAAAAGACAGAGAAUGAUAAACAGCUUGUCAUUGAUAAUUUAGAACUGGUUUUAAUUCCCUUAUAUCAGGGUGUGGUCCCAAUUAUUCAACCUAUUGUAUAUAAUAUAUCUACAUGUGUGCAAGAAUUUAUCGAUUCUAAUGAGCUUUUGUUUAAUUUAUGCUCGUCGUUAUUAACGACUAAAAAUUUACUAUCAAUUGAAAAAGUUGUUAUGAUAGAUCCAAUUGGUGGCAUUCCUUCAAUUGAAAGAAACCAGACAAGUCAUGUUUUUAUAAACCUAUCCCAAGAAUAUUCCGAUAUAGUUUCGGAAUUAUACAUAGGGUUUAUUAAACCCGAAUAUAGAACUUUCCACAUGAAUAAUUUAAAGGCUAUGAAUAAAAUUUUGACAUUUGUAUCUGAAAAAACAAGAAAUGAUGAAGCAACAGGUAUAAUAACUACUCCAGAUAUUAUGUCUCUCAAUAAUGAUCAAUUGAAUCCAAUAAUAUACAAUGUCUUGACCGAUAGAUCUAUUAUUUCAUCAUCAUUGCCGACAUCACAUAAACGAACUCCGGAACUUUCUACUUCAAUCUUGAAAAAGGGAGUGGAUGUAAACAUCUUAGAUGCUGUUAAUUAUCCUAAACCUUUUACAUUGAAUAAUUUGGUGCAAGAUGGCUUGGUAAAUAACUCUAAACUUGUGAAUUUAAUUGAUGAUUCGUUUGGAAAAAAAUUAGACGCUCAGAAAUACUUUGAUAGAAUAAACAACUCUUUAGCUACUCUCGUGAUAGUUGGAGAUUAUGACGGUGCUGCAAUUAUAACUUGGGAAACAUGCUCUAAGACAAAUGAAAAAAUUGCUUAUUUAGAUAAAUUUGCAAUCGCCCGUGUAAAUCAAGGCCUUCCCGGUCUAGCUGACAUUAUCUUCAAAGUUAUUUUGCAAUCUCAUCCUAAUGAGUUAAUAUGGAGAUCAAGAAAAAAUAAUCCUGUUAAUAAAUGGUAUUUCGAAAGAUGUUGUGGGACAUUAAGCAAUCCAGACUCCCAAUGGAAGGUAUUCUAUACGGGAGAUAUUUUUAAUAAGAAAAUAGAUAAAUUACGGAAGCGAGAGACAAUUGGAGGUGUCAAUAUUCAUAACAAAAUGCAUCAAUAUUCUGAUGUUACGGAGAGUAUUCCCCCUUCGUUUAUUUAA